GCAGGGACAGUGCCAAGUGGAAGCCGGCCUCCCUGAUCCGCAAGGACUUCUAGCAUCCUCCGCUACGGAAGAUGCUGCCACUGAUGAUGCUACUCAAGACGGUCCUCAAGAUGGUCCUCGGAAAGAAGAAAAAUGGCAAUCGCCAAGCAAGGAAAAUGAUCAAUCGCUGUCAUUCGACGAUGAAGUGGAGGCACUGACGCGCCUAAUUAACGAAGAUAAAGAGUUGCUUCUUGUGCAUGAUAUGCGACUGACGCAUACACUGAUGAGAGAUGAGGACACUGCUGUGUCAGUUUUGCUACCUUCAAAGGACACGUCGCUUACGGCUAGUGCAUCACUAUCCCAUGUGGACUAUGGUGAGUGGAGUCCUCCUUGAAUUGAGGGGGAUACUAAGGCAGAAACGCCGCGCAGGAUGAGACUACCCAAGUCCCUCUUGAUUGGAGGGGGAAUAAACCCACUCAACCACGGAUAGCGACUUGCCACCUUUAAGUCCCGUGAAGAUACAAAAGAAGAGGGACACGAGGAAAAAGACCCAUGGAUUCGAAUUUUAGAGGACACAUCAGAUAAUGGGGACAGAGGGCGCUCUUUUGACAAGCAAGUCGCGCAGAGUAACUCGGGGAUCCUUUGGUGGUUAAUACAAAAGGCUUUUCUUAAUAUUGUCGGCCCAGCUUUCGAGGAGUGGUGGUUUUCACUGGAUCGCG